CGAGGAAAUUUCCCGUUAACAAUCUAAUAGAUCGGAGACUUCCAGCAACCAGCGGGGUUUCCUGGUUUGCACCCUCUCGUUGCUGUUACAUUUAAAGGCAUGUAUGCGCAGAACACACUUCUACUGUAGCAUAUGCGGGGGGCCUCUCAAAAAUGAAAACCUACGUGGGAGGACAUCCGUUAUUCUGAGGAAUGAGAACGCGGUCUUAGGGUCAAAAGACGACACUUGUGAUUGCAAUGGUGCCGCGCAAGUUCCCAGGGGUCAUACCUGUCAAGUCCACGAAAGCGUACACAGCUGGCGCUGUAACAUUCUGAAUGGAUAUGAUGCAUUUGUCCUGAGCGAAGACCAAAUCCAGUGGUUGCGGCAUGGGCGCAUGAUAUGCGCUGAAACAGCGACGCUAAACUCUGAGCCAGGAGAUGAGUGCCACGACCCUGGAUAUUUUGUUACCAGAGAAGGUGAGUUCGACUACGACAGAGGGCUAACAACCAGAGACAUUCCCGACAAAGUCGGGUUCCCUGUUCACGAGUCAUGUUGGAACAUCCUGAAUACAGUGCAAAAAUAUGUCAUAUCCGAUUUACGCAAAAUCGACCUUCGGGAGCUCUUCUGUGACUUGACACGCAGUACUUAUAUCUAUACAACUAACCCGUGUUUCAUCGGUUCAAGCGAAACAGAUCCCUGGUUUUGUGCUGCUUACUCUGAUGCAGCACAAUUUCAGUAUGACGCGGAAUGGGAUCCUGUGAAAGCAUACGAGUGGCUUGUUGCCGACCCUUCGGUCAUUGAUUUUGAGUUGUUCGUUUCGGAGUGUUUCGGCAUAGAGCACAAUGGGAUCAACGGGCUGAUAAUGACAAGCCUGGUAUCGUCAGCGAACAGCGACCCGCUUGGGGUCUUGCCGACAGAAAUAUGCUGCACGAUUCUCGAGCUACUCCCAUCGAAGGACGUUUUCAGGUUGGCCGUCGCAAGCCCGACAGUGAAGUCGAUUGCGACUCAUAUGCCAAGAGGUUUUUGGAAAUCGCGGCUGCAGUCUGAAAUGCCUUGGCUCCUACCAGUGUGGCCGGAGUUGAAUCGGGCCCUCGACAAUGCCACUCAACCGGUUCAAUACAAGAAGCUUCUAAGGCACCUGAAGCAGCAAUCUAUCGAAUGGCAGAAGCCCGAACGAUUGUACGACGACUAUUUCAAUCAAGGGAAAAGGAUUGGUCUUCAAAACCUCCGUAGAGUUUGGGAAUGUUGUGAAUCAAUCCUGGAACGCGUGGAAGCGAAUUGCGUCGUGGCUAGGGUUGAAAGAAAUCGGGUCUCGCCGGAGCUCAGGUCGCGUACGUUCCAAGAAGUUGUUACGAUACGCGAGUCCGAGGUGAGAUAUUGGUGGCAGUCGGAAGUUUUCUUCGUUCCGAAGAUCGACCAGUCGCCUGAAGUAUGCUACGUUACGGCCUAUUUCCAACCAGACAGCGUAGCCAUCGCUGGUAUCGAAUUUUCACUUUGCGGAGAAAGCUCUGGUCGGCUUCUCGGUAGCCGAUCCCCCUCACUGCAAAGUGCUCCUUUUCCUUCCAGGACCAAAACCCGCGGUUUCGUGCUGUGCCUCGGUCCAGCAUCGGAUGCGUUCAAUUCCAACCACCGGGAUGUCAUUUGUGGACUGGGUAUCCUCACCGACGACAGCCCUUCUGAACCCCGCAUCAAACUUGGCUCCUGGACUGGUAACGACGUAGUGCAAGUGUUCCGGAUCGAAGGGCUGGAUUCAAUCCAUCAGCGUUUGAAGAACCAUAGCGUAGUCGGAAUCAGUGGACACUUUGAUAUUUACGGAAUGGCUGGCUUCGGAAUCAUUGUCGCAGACCUUUCGGAAGGCGCGACAAACAGCAGAGCCAAUGUGACUCCACCACCGUUCGGAAACAGUGAAAUGUACUAUAGGUGGCUAGUACACUAUCCAUCAAGACCCGGACAGUUCGUCGAGAAGACACAUUUCCCCCCUCUUCGAAGACCUGCGACAGUUGCCCUAUCCUACCUUAGAGGUAACUUGGACAGUGUUUGUAGACCUGAGCCGAAGGAACAUCACUGAAAUUAUAGCGCAUUUCGAGCUCAUAUCUCAGCAGAUCUGUCGAAAGCUUGAGUUCACGUUUAGCGAUGGAAGUCACCAGGUGGUAUCUGGCG